AUGGCGGACCCGGCGGAGUGUACCAUCAAGGUGGUGUGCCGCUUCAGGCCGCUCAACAGCUCGGAGGUGGCCCGGGGAGACAAGUACAUCCCGAAGUUCAAGGGAGAAGACUGUGUGCAGAUCGCGGGUAAACCGUACUACUUUGACCGUGUUUUCCAGUCCAACACAACUCAGGUGCAGUUCUACAACGCUGUGGCCCAGAAGAUUGUCAAGGAUGUUCUGGAGGGAUACAACGGGACAAUAUUUGCAUAUGGGCAGACAUCCUCUGGAAAAACACACACAAUGGAGGGGAAACUCCAUGACCCCGAUAUGAUGGGAAUCAUUCCCAGAAUCGUUCAAGACAUCUUCAACUACAUCUAUUCCAUGGACGAGAACCUGGAGUUUCAUAUCAAGGUUUCAUAUUUUGAAAUUUAUUUGGACAAAAUCAGGGACCUGUUGGAUGUAACAAAGACCAACCUUUCUGUACAUGAGGAUAAAAACAGGGUGCCCUUUGUCAAGGGGUGUACUGAGCGUUUCGUGUGCAGUCCUCAGGAGGUCAUGGACGCCAUAGACGAAGGCAAAAAUACCAGACAUGUGGCUGUCACAAACAUGAAUGAGCACAGUUCCAGAAGUCACAGCAUCUUCCUCAUCAACAUCAAGCAGGAACACACGCAGAAUGAACAGAAACUUACUGGCAAACUCUACCUCGUUGAUCUGGCUGGGAGUGAAAAAGUGGGUAAAACUGGAGCAGAGGGCACAGUGCUGGACGAAGCCAAGAUGAUCAACAAGUCCCUGUCUUCACUGGGAAUUGUCAUCUCAGCUCUGGCAGAGGGCUCGAGCUAUAUACCAUACAGAGACAGUAAGAUGACUAGGAUUCUUCAGGACUCCUUAGGAGGGAACUGUCGGACCACCAUGGUCAUCUGCUGCUCACCCUCCUCUUUCAAUGAUGCAGAGACCAAAACUACACUUCAGUUUGGACAAAGGGCAAAGACCAUAAAGAACACAGUGACUCUCAAUGUGGAGCUGACUGCCGAGCAAUGGAAGAGCAAGUGGGAGAAAGAGAAGGAGAAGAACAAGACGCUGAAAAACAGUGUCACCUGGCUGGAGAAUGAGCUCAACCGCUGGAGGAAGGGAGAGACUGUGCCGGUGGAGGAACAGUUUGAUAAAGAGAAGGCCAAAGCAGAGGUACAGGCCCUGGACAGUGCUCUCAACAAUGAUAAGACAGCACCCGCACCUGCCCUCAGCACCCUGCCUGGGGUCAAACUCACAGACGCUGAGAAGGAGAAGUACGAGGCUGAAAUGGCCAAACUCUACAAAGAGAUGGAUGACAAGGACGAUGAGAUCAACCAGCAGUCUCAGUUGGUGGAGAAGCUGAACCAACAGAUGUUGGACCAGGAGGAGCUCUUAGCCUCCUCCCGCCACGACCACGACACCCUGCAGACGGAGCUAAGCCGGCUGCUAUCGGAGAAUGAAGCCUCUAAGGAAGAGGUGAAGGAGGUGCUGCAGGCCCUGGAGGAGCUGGCCGUCAACUAUGACCAGAAGAGUCAGGAAGUCGAGGACAAAACAAAAGAGUUUGAGGCUCUCAGUGAGGAGCUGAACCAGAAAUCGAGCUCCUUGGCCUCCAUCGACUCUGAACUGCAGAAGCUGAAAGAGAUGACCAACCACCAGAGGAAGAGGGUCACUGAGAUGAUGUCAUCACUACUCAAAGACCUGGCUGAGAUAGGCAUUGCCGUGGGAAGCAAUGACAUUAAGCAACAGGAGAGCACCGGUCUCAUUGACGAAGAGUUCACUAUGGCCCGUCUCUACAUCAGUAAGAUGAAGUCUGAGGUGAAGACAGUGGUGAAGCGCAGCAAACAGCUGGAGAGCUCCCAGGCCGAGAGCACCCAGAAGAUGGUGGAGACAGAGAGGGAGCUGAAUGCCUGCCAGCUCCGUAUCUCCCAGCAUGAAGCUAAAAUCAAGUCCCUGACAGACUGCCUGCAGAAUGUGGAGCAGAAGAAAAGACAGCUGGAGGAAAAUGUGGACACUCUCAGUGAGGAAAUAGUUAGGAUCAAAACCCAAGAGAAAGUUAACACCAUGGAGAAGGUCAGUGAGAUCCAGUCUGCCAAUGAAGUCAAGGAUGCCGUGGAGAAGCAGAUCCAGUCUCACAGGGAGGCCCAUCAGAGGCAGAUCAGCAGCCUGAGAGACGAGCUGGACCACAAGGAGAAAUUUAUCACGGAGCUGCAGGAUCUGAACCAGCAGAUUAUAUUGGAGCAGGAGAGGCUGAGAGUGGAGCAUGAGAAGCUCAAAACUGCUGACCAGGAGAAGAGCCGCCAGCUGCAAGAGCUCACGGUGUCGCAGGACAGACAGGAGCAGGCCAAACAGGAUCUCAAAGGACUAGAGGAGACCGUGGCCCGGGAGCUGCAGACACUCCACAACCUGAGGAGGCUUUUUGUCCAAGACUUGUCCACUAGAAUCAGAAAGAAUGCUCAGAUGAACUCAGAUGACACAGAAGCAAGCGCUGCCCAGAAACAGAGGAUCGGUUUCCUGGAGAACAACCUUGAGCAGCUAACCAAAGUUCACAAGCAGCUGGUGCGGGACAACGCCGACCUUCGCUGCGAGAUUCCUAAAAUGGAGAAGCGCCUGCGAGCCACCGCUGAGCGUGUCAAAGCCCUGGAGGCUGCGCUGAAGGAGGCCAAGGAGAACGCAGCCCGCGACCAGAAGCGCCACCAUGAGGAGGUUGAGCGCAUUAAGGAUGCCGUCAAGCCCAAAAACAUGGGCAGGAGACCCUCGGCACAGAUAGCCAAGCCCAUCAGACCAGGCCAGCUGCCGGGUGCUUCUCCCUUGAACCCCAGUGUGAACAGGUCCAACCUCAUCCAGAAUAACUAG